GUGUUUGGCACAGGAAAGACGUCCAUAUAUGGUCCAGACAGGUGUGAGACGUGAGACUGAAGUCAUUUACAGCUGUGCAGGGACACGACUGGACUGAGCUGCGGAGACACAGACGACGUCUGACACAGACAGAGGGACAGACGCAGUGUGUGAGACAGGCAGAGAGGGACAAACGACACUGAGGAAACAAUGCUGCAGUGGAGGCGAGAGACAGACGGCGAGGGACGGUGUAACAGGGCAGUGAUCGUGUCUGUGGGACGCUUUCACCCCGGGGUCGACCUCUGCAGGAGACCAGGGGCUGAAAAAGACGCCAAGAGACUCCACCGCACCCUGAGCAAACUGGGCUUCAGGGUGGACGUCCACAGUGACCUGAGUGGAGAGGACAUCUACCAGCUGUUUGACAGAGGUGACACACACACACCUGACGGUGAGCCAGUGUGGCUCUCCAGAGUCUUCUCCUGUUUCAACAACCAGCUCAUGGAGAAGAAGGCCAAACUCUUCCUCAUACAGGCGUGUCGAGGACACGAGCUGGACGACGGCGUGGAGGUGGAUUCAGUGAGUGACGCACACUCAAACAACUUCUCUACACAACUUCAUGUUCCUGUAGAUACAACUGUGAUGUACGCAACUACUGCAGGUCACGGGGCCUUCAUGCACCCUCUGGGUUCCGUGUUCCUGCAGACGUUCUGCUCUCUGCUGGAGAGCGAGGGGAACCGUGAGCUGGAGCUGCUGCGCCUGCUGACCCGCCUGUCCCACCGCGUGGCCUACACCUUCCAGGCCAAAGGUCACAUCCUGGGCGGGAAGAAGGCCAUGCCGUGCCUGGUGACCCGGAUGACCCGGGACAUCUUCCCGUUCGCCGACCCACAGAAGAAAGAUGGCAAGGGGGCGGGGCUUAUGGCCACGUCACUGGUCGACUCCGACAAAGGCAGGAAGAGAAGUCCGUCCAUCAGUUAGUGGGUGUGUCUGUGACUGUGAGGGGAGGGGCUUGAUGAUGAUGGUGUGUGUGUGUGUGUGUGUGUGUGUGUGUCCAGUCCCUGUGCUGUAAAUGAUAGUUAAGGUAAAAUUUAAGGUAAAGUUAUAGUUAUAGUUAAGGUUGAAUCAGUAAUAGUUAUAGUUAAGGUUAGAUCAGCAGUAGUUAUAGUUAAUGUUAGAUCAGUUGUUAUAGUUAAGGUUAGAUCAGUAAUAGUUAUAGUUAAGUUUAGAUCAGCAGUAGUUAUAGUUAAGGUUAGAUCAGCAGUAGUUAAGGUUAGAUCAGUAAUAGGGUUAGGGUUAGGGUUAGUUAAAGGGCUUUUUUAGGGUUGAGACCUGGUUUCAGGGUUCUCCAUUAUCACGUAACCAUUUACCACAGUUUGAGAACUGUUUGAUUAUUUCAUAAAUUAUUUAUUUUAAAC